GCUUUCCUGCCACCACCAAUGGAAGAUAGGGAGAGGGACAGAAACGGCGCGCUCGAAACAUCACGCACACUCGUUCUACCGUCCUUGCCGUGGCCCCCCAUGGCUAGCCCGUACGGGGAGACUAUUGGGGAGAUGAAGCUUAUACUGGUUUCCCGUGCCAGCGAUGAAGAAUCUCGGGAAAGAGUGCGCAGGGCGCUUCUCGACGAGAACCACGACGUAUUACGCGUCUAUUCUUCUGAGACUCUGCCUGAUGGGUCGAAAAUGAUAUUGGCGGAUACUACUAUCCGGACGGGAGAGACUGAGGAAGGAGUGAAGAAUGUUUGUGUCACCGAGACUCUGGGGUACGAUGAGCACGGAGACGUUAACGAUGCAAUUCGAAGUGUUCUUCCCUCAGUGUACGAACCGUUUCGACGCAUACAGUCUCUGUUGCAUCCCGCCGCCGGCCCAACAGCUUUGUUGAUCGACCUGCUCGCGUCACCAGGCAGCCACUUCUUCCUUGCUUGUGUCUUCCUCUUACCCCAAGAUCCCACUCCGCUGGAACACACUCUAUUCCGUGUGUUGGAGGCAACGAUGCCCAUUGUCAGCGUGGGAGACAGCACCACGUCAUUGCGGACGCAAUCGUCAUCUUUUCCGUCUCCGACCCGGCGGCAACUCCAACCUACGCAUACCGUUCCAGAACUUGUUUACACACUAUUCCGAUCCCCGCAAGAACGCGAUAGGUUGCGGCGAGAAGCUGCGGCUGGCUUCCUUUCGUGGUGGUCUGCAGAGCGCGCCAAUGUGUCGUGUCAAGUCGAUCAAGUUGAUGUUGUGGCAGCAGACUCAUUCUAUGGCUCCGACAAAAGUCGAGAGCUGCAGCAGAGUGACGCGCUGUCCUCCACGCCACUGUUCAGAGCCUUACCCAUGCCGGUUCUGGACCCGCUCCACCACACUAUGGUUUUUUCGCCUUUGACGCUACUGCGACCGCUGCUCCACCGAAUGGCGCAGUGGACACUUGACACCGCCGUUCGAGGUGGCUGGCGCUGCAAUCAGUAUACCAAGGUUCCUUGCACUCCCGCAUGCAUGGAGCCGGCUGAGAAGAGAUUUUCUUCCCCGAAGACAUGUUCUUUAAAGAUAGCAAAGAUACCAGCGUCCGACUGGAACGGACCACACUGGACGUGGGGAGGCAUCGCACGCGGUGUCGCAGGGUUCGCAGCUAUAACUGUGAUUUGGGCUGGUCUCGUAUGGGCCACGACUAUAUAGGUGAUAUCGAGUCACACCUGGAGAGGUGAUGCUAUUCUAUCAUUCGAUCUAAUAGGUUUUUUUCAGAUAUGUCGGAUGCGUUCGGACCGCAUCUGUAGCUGGUCUUGGUUGCGGAUUAUAUCCGCUCCAGGUGCUUCCGCAACCAUCACUGUUUUAUGCAUUUUUCAUUCUGUUCGUAUGAUGUAUCCAUGGGGAAUGUAAGGCUAAUCAGA